AUGCCUAUAUCCGACUUCUGGAUGCAGGCGAUACUGUCGUCGAAUCCGAGUCCGGUGCCGUCGACGACAUCGUCGAACGAUGAGAACCAUUUGGAUAUGGGAUGCUCGCAGACGCCCCUUCUCAACAUGCCGAUGCUCUGGAAUCCGGCGCUCGUGCUCGCCAUUUAUCAACUACAACAACAGCAGCAGCAGCAGCAGCAAUUGCUCGGAGAUUUGAAGUAUGGAAUCAAUAAGCAGCCUGAGCCAAUCAAAGAACCGCCAUCAGUGAGCCGUAAACGCGUCGCCGAGGCGAGCCAUCCACGAAAGCUGAAAUUGCGACGAAUCGGCGAGGACACGGUGACCAAUUCGCCGGUCAGCGGAAUGUUCAUAAAGGAGGAAUCGGAUGUGAAGCCACUCGAGGAGCUACAGAAGGAAGCCGAUUUUCUUGACGAGACCGCCGCCUACGUCGAGGUCACCGAAGAGUCGCGAAUGAAAAUCGAGCAGAUUCCAAACUACAUUGGCGAUUGUGUUUGCCGAUUAUGCAAAGUCAAGUACGAGGAUGUGUUCAAACUGGCUCAACACAAAUGCCCUCGAAUCGCGCAUGAGGAGUACAAGUGCCCGGAUUGCGAGAAGGUGUUCUCGUGUCCGGCCAAUUUGGCAUCGCAUCGUCGUUGGCAUAAACCGCGCACCGUUUCGCCGACAGCCGCCAACAACAAUCAUACGAGUCUCGCGUGCGCCACCUGCUUCAGCAUGUUCCCAACGAAGAAGAUGCUCAAGAAUCACAUGAGCUCAUGUCAGCGAUCGCCACUUCAGAGCCUAUUGGCUCGCGUCAUUCCGACAGUUUAA